AUGGGGGACGGAGGACCUCUGCAUAUAGAGGGUAAUGCCUUGCUCAAGGCUGUGUUCCAAGGCAAGAUGCGACUGACUCGUUUAUUGCUGGAGGGCGGAGCCUAUAUCAACGAGGGUAAUGAGCGAGGAGAGACGCCGAUCGCCGCCGCCUGCUUGGCCAGCUACGAAGAUGAUCAGACUCGGCAAAAGAUGAUCCGCUACCUCCUGGAAAAGGGGGCUGACCCGAACAUCCCCGACAAAUCGGGUCGAACUGCUCUUAUGCACGCGUGCGCAGGACAGGCGGGGAAGGAGGUGGUUGCCUUGCUCUUGGAAAACGGGGCUGAUCCGAGCCUGAAGGACUACUCGGGUUCGUCUGCUUUGGUGCACGCCAUCAACAAGGGUGACCGGGACACCCUGCAGAUCCUGCUGGACGUCUGCAAGGCCAAGGGCAAAGAGGUCAUUAUCAUCACCACUGAUACGUCCCCCUCAGGCACCAAGAAAACGAAACAGUACCUCAACUCGCCGCCCUCGCCGGGGGUCGUGGACAAGCUCUCGCCCGUCUCAUGCAUGUCCCCGUCAGAGGUGGAGAUCCGCACGGUGAACUCGCCCUCAGCGGCAGAGGAGGAGGACGGCAUCUUCAGCUUUGCACUGACUGCCGCUCUACCGCUACCUUCCCACCGACUGCCGGGUGAGAAGAGACCCCCUCCGCGCAAACUCCUGAAGAGGCUCAACUCAGAGCCCUGGGGGCUAGUGGCGCCCUCGGUGCUCAGCGGCGCCACGCAGGAGAAAGUCGAGGGUGAAGAAGAGAAGGUGAUCGCAGCGAUGAACGGCAUGUCCAUCUCGGGUCCAGGACGACCCCUGCUGUCUCGAAGACACAGCAUUGAGACGCACGAUCCGUGCUUGACGAAGCUCAUCGAUCGCUCAUGCUCGGAGGACUGCGCCAGCCUCUGCGGCUCGUCCUGGGCGGAUAAGGUCCAGCAGCACCAGAUACUGUACCGGAGGAACACUGCCCCUGAGUCGCAGGAGGCCGCGCCUCCGCUCCCAGUAGCCCUCCGUGGGCUGGCCCAUCCCAAACUCAUGCGCAUGGAACACUACGAAUCGGACACACAUUUGUGUCCGGAGUCCAUCCCGGGUUCGCCAGACUCCGGGCGGAUGUCCGUGGAACGGCGCAAGUAUAACGCCUCGCCGCUCUCCCUGUUGGUCAGCUCGUCCAGGGAGUCUCUGGAAAGCAUUCCCAACUCCGUGUCCCCGAUCACCAUGAGGCGUCGGCAGCCAGGGCUCCUGGAGCGCAGAGGGUCCGGCACGCUCCUCUUGGACCACAUCUCCCAGACCCGGCCUGGCUUCCUGCCCCCUCUCAACGUGAACCCCCAGCGCCCCAUUCCCGACAUCCGCACAAAUGGCAAAGCCACUUCCCCCGUCCACUCAGGGAGCAAGAUCCUGCUGCCCGUGGCGCCGGCCUCGCCCAAACGAGGCCAUGAAUUUAAGGUGAAGAAAAAGCUGAUGAGAAGGCACUCCAUGCAGACUGAGCAAAUGAAACAGCUCUCAACUUUCCAAGAAAUUCUGGCAGAGAAGGUGAUUGAGUUUAGUGGGGACUAACACAUGUACCAUGGGCACUUUGUUCGGGAAGUACAGUGAAGAUAAGAUCCUGUUGCCUAUUAUUUAGUACUUUAAAACAAACGCGCUGUGUAAGCAUUUUAAAGAGUUGAAUGUUUACAAAAGAUGUUUUGUGCAAUCCAAAGUAGAAACUGUCUUUGAAGCUUAGUCAAGGAAAAGCAUGUUUACUGAGAGUCUCCAGCUCUCUUCAACCCCAGAUUUCCUCUCCCCUCACUGGUACCAGAGAGGGAGA